GACACUGAUACACAAAAUAGGGGGACCAAAAUCGAGUUUUGAUCCCACCUCGAAAUUCCAUCAUCUAAUCCUUUCUGUGAAGAACUGUAAAAAAUCUAAUUCAGGAGAAAGGGGUUUCAUUUCUGAUGCUGCUUUUAUAGCUGGUUGAAUUGACAUUCAAGCAUUGCAACUCCAUUAACCUGCGUUUUCUAAAGAAUCUAUAUGUGGAUAUAGUAGGUUUUGAACCAUGAAUUCAGAUAAUCUAACUUCAGUUACGGAAUCUGAUCAACAACAAAAUGGCAGUAAAAAGCAUACCCCGAUAGCAACUCCCGUAGAAUCUCCUUCCGCAACAUCUACUUUGUCCUCUGCCUCUUCCUCUUCUUCAUCAUCUUCGUCUCCUUUGGACUCUCUAGUAAAAGGAAGCAAAAAAUAUCCCAUUUCACUCUUUCCGGCUGAUGAAGAUUCUUUGCAGCAGCAUAAUGUCGAUUCUUUAGACCAUCCAGAACUUCUUAUUGAUGUUCCUUCCAGCACUUCAGAUCCUACUGUAAUGAUUAAUGAGGCGUCACCAAACCAGUCACCUCCAAUACAAGUGAUGGAACGAGAAGAAGUUGCACCAGAUCCAUAUAGGAUUCCAUCUACUGUAUUCGCAAGGAGUCCAUCGGCAACACCAGUCGAAUGGAGUGUGCAAUCCAACGAAUCAUUGUUCAGCAUCCAUAUGGGAAAUAAUAGUUUCUCCGCUGACCAAAUUUUUCUAAUGGGAAGGUCUGGAGAAUUAGGCAUGCCAGGGGAUUACAAUAACUUCCUCGAUCUCAAGAAGGACCCCCCUAGCAAUCCUAAUAGCCCAUCUCCAGCUUCUACUCCUGGGAAUAAGGUUGGGGAAAGCUUAAAUGCGGAAGAUGCAGCAGCAUCGGCUACCAUGAACGAAGUGUCAAGGGUGUCAGAGGACGAUCAAAAUACAGAGAAAACACCUCCUGUAGAUUCAGCUCGUCAUUCUUCCAGCAUUUCUUAUCGUUCUGACGAGAGUGGAGCCAGCGUAGUUUCCUUUGCAUUUCCAAUAUUGACGUCUGCAGAAGGAGGGAGGGCUCCAUCCACGAAGGUAGAGACGGAACAUCCAUUGCAUCAGGUUAAAGAAAAGUCGAAUGAGCAGCAGGAGGAGCAGGAACAAGUGUCGCAACAGCCGCAACCCAACACACCAACCACACCAAAUGCCACAGGCGCUAAUGAUCGGAAAUGGUUUUCAUGCUUCUCUUGUUGCUCAUUUUGUUCUUGAGAGUAUUUGUCCACCCAGGAGGUUACACACAUACUCCUCCCAACUCUCCCGAUAUUAACAUACGCCUGCAUCUCAAUCUUCACAGAAGGAAAUCAUCAUCAUUGUACGAGGUGCGGAGCACAUACUCGAAAUGAAGUGCCACAAUUUCAUACUCAUGCAUGAAAAGUAUCACACUGCCACAUGGAUUGAGUUCAGAUACAGUUUGCAUCUCACAUGUUUGGCAUGACUUAGUUGUAGAUGAACCUGGUUGGAGGUUUAGUGCCAAGAAAGGGGUCUAAAACUCAAAAACCCACAACAAAAAUAUACAAGACAAGGACCACUCAAUAGGAAAGAAAAGGGUGUACAUGAAUGUAAUCUGUGUGUGUACUGAAAGGAAUAUGAGCUGAAAUUUGCACGUGCAGUUUAGUUUUUACACUGUUUAGCUUGAAACAGUUCUUAGAAAAUAUAUUAUUUAAACUUCAAUC